AUGUCUUCGCAAAACCGGAAGUACUUCCGCUUUCGUCUCUUCCGAAUUCUGGUUUUACUUAUCCUGUUUAUAUCUCCAACGACAUCUACAACGAAUAAGCUCAGCGUACCAGAAAGCUGUCUUGAGCUAGCGAAUGCCUUGAUGACAUCCCAAUCAGACAACGAGUUCAACAAAUACCUUAUCCAAUGCCUGGCUUCAGUGGAAUGGCAACAGUUAUCUGACUUCGCCAUCCAAAACUUCCAAGAACUGAAAGACAAAAUACCACCUGAAAUCGCAAAGUCUGUAAAGGGAAGUCUUUUUAUUGUGUCUGUGUAUUUAAUAUGCUUAAGUAAUCAACUGUACAAACAGGCUGUGGUCUUAGCUGAAGACUACAAGGAGCAUCGGGAUAUGUUCAAAGAGCUACAGACAAAAAUAAGAGUCGUACUACAAGCUAUAAGAACAGAAAUUCACUCAAUGCCAAAGAGCAUCGACUUUGGCGCCUUGAACGAGCGAAUCGCGAAAGUAAUGGAAAUACUAAGUCAUUUUCACACCGAGCUCGAGCGGGUAACUAAUGACGUAAAAAAUGGUAUCAUCAGCAGUCGACUUGACAAAAUCUGGGCCACUGGGUACGGUUAUGCUGCGCUACUCGUUUGUGUUGGUUCCCCCUUCGUUGCCGGUCCUGGGGCAGUACUUUUAAUAUGUGUUCCUUCUCUUGGAGUUUUUGUUUAUUCUAUCACAAGGUUCUUUUCGCUUGGCGAAACCAAUGAAGAACUAAACCAGUUGCAGAAGGACGCCAGAAAGCUACGUCUAGAGUCAGCCAAGCAUCGAACUCAGCUUCAAGUUAACCUUGUUUUGAUGAAAAGGCCCACAGUGGACAUUCACAUCAAAAGCGAGGGCUGUGAAGAUCCAAAACGAACUCAAAACACAUGUGGUUUCGCUUACAUCGCGGUGAAUGGAAGGGAAUUCUCUCUUCGCGGCAGGGAAUACGUUUUAGUUGUUGAUGGCACAACAGGUAAGAAGAAAACUACCGAGUAUUUGAUUCACUGA